CGUCAAAGUGGUGCCUCAGUCAUUCAGAGUUAGUCAUUAAUAGCUUGAGGUAUCUUCAGCAGUUUGCAUUAGCUCUCUCUGCAGUAUGGACUGCUUUUAUCAAGCUAGUAGAAUGCGUCAGCCGGCUUUCUUCAAUCCCCAGACUCUUAUGUACGGGUACGGCGUCCCGACAUACUAUUCUCCACAGUUCUUCCCUGUGAGCUGCAACUCUGAAAUCUCUAGGCCACCAGUAAUGUCCAGAAGUCAGUCUUUUUUGGAGGAGAUCCUUCCUCACCCAGCGACAAUUUCUGAAAACAACGCAAGUCCUUCAUCAACAAGUUCACAAACUCCACCACGGUCGCCUCCGAGCGAAUGCAGUACUGAAAGGCACGGAACUAGCUGCAGUGACCCGACCGAGGAGCUCAGCCGAUCUGGGAAAGAUGCCAGUGAGUCAGAAGAAAAAACAGGUACGAAUAGUGAGAUAAAUUUGGCUAAAAUGCAGUUCUUUAGGCUUUCAAACACGUGUGCGUUGAACAACUUAAAAAAAUGAUUCCAGUUACUAUUUGAACAAAUUUAAAACUAUGUUUGAGGUGCAAUCAAUCCAAUUACUUACGGGUCAGUUAGGAUAAAGAGAAUAAUUAAUCCAUUUGAGUUACUUAAAAAAAAACGUCUUUCCUUAUAUUGUGUAUCGAUUAUUUAUAUUAGUAAUUUGGUAAACCCUUGAAAAGCUCUCAGACUUGUGUUGAAGUGUACUUUGGUCUAACCUAAUACUUUUGCGGGAACUUUAACUAAUGGAAUUCAACUUGUUUAAAUAUUUAGAUGGCGAAGAAGACAAAGAUGUCCCGUGGCAUUACAAACAACCAUUCAAGCAUCGGAGGCGUGUGGCAUACUCUCGCAAUCAAAUUCUGGAACUAGAGAAAGAGUUUCACUUCACCAGAUAUUUAACUAAGGAAAGACGCUCGGAGCUGUCCGCUUUGCUCCAACUCUCCGAGCGACAAAUUAAAAUUUGGUUUCAGAACCGACGCAUGAAGUGGAAAAAAGACAACAAGCCAGUCAUACCUACAAGCAGAGGAAUGCGCCGAGGUUGUACGAGAUAGGAAACAAACAUUUAAAUUUUCGCAAGAUUACUAAUUACAAAUUGCCCGUAAAUCCUUUUAUGACAGACUUGAAGGUGUAUAAAAACUGACUAUUGGCACUUGUCAGGCGUAGUGAGUGUUAGCUGGCAAGCCCGCCAUGCAUGGAUGAUAUCCAUAUUGUAACAGAACGCGUUUGUAUUUCAUUUACUCCGCUACACUUACUGAGGCAGGAUUUUAAAACUGUAAUUACUGUUUCAAAGUUCCCAGGAAUAGUGAAAGUGGAAUGAAAUACAUUUCUUACAUUGUAAAUAAAACAGGACGAGUUUUUUCUACUCGAUGAGAUGUCUGCGGGUUACGAAUGAGGUGUUAAACCGAUCCGUUCAAAUAGAGACAUAUAGACUCUUCUAAGCCACAGUUACUUUGCUUUGUUUUUCACCAUGCUUUCUAUCCUGUUCCUUUGCCAGAGCUCUUGAUAUAAAAUAUUUAUUUUUCUCAGGGUACAC